CGGUGAGGACGUUAUUGCAGUCGUCACAGUUCAGUGUUCUUAAUCUGUGCGUCCAUGUACACAUAUAUGUCCUUUAUUACACUCUAUUAAAUAGAGUAACAUCGUUAAUAACUGUUUGCAUCCGGUUAUAUUAGUCUGAGCGCACUUCUCGAGCUAGUUAGCUUAGCUUGUUAGCUGCUAACAAAGAGAGGCGGAAGUGAUGAAAACACAUCGCUAAGCAGAGAUCAAGUGUGAGUGUAAAGUGUUGUGAUUGUGUGAAAAUGUGCGAAAGAACCAUAGCAGAGUACGAGGAGGAACUUUGUCCAACAAAAGAGGAGAAGGAGCGACAACAUGAAAAACAUCAAGUUGUGUUACACACAACAGACAUCCAUCAGCUGAUUGGACACCAAGAAGAAUGUCUCCCUCAUCUACAGGGGGACAGUUUCACUUUAGAGGAUCCACAGCCCUCACAUUUUAAAGGGGACAAGGAGGAUCCACAGCCCCCUUAUUUUAAAGAGGAAGUGGAGGGAGAGUGUCCUGUAGGGCAGGAGGAGGAUGAUGUCAGCAAGUUUCCAUUGACUGUUGUCUCUGUGAAGACUGAAGAGCAUGAAGACAAAGCACCUGAGUCCUCACAGCUUCAUCACAGUCCAAACGUUCAACAGCCCCUUCACAUUAACGAGGAAGAGGAUGAUCCACAGCCCACCCACAUGAAAGAGGAAGAGGAGGAUCCACACAUGAAAGAGGAAGAAGAGGGAGAGUGUGUUGUAGGGCAGGAGGAGGAUGUUGUCUGCAAGUUUCCACUGACUGUUGUCUCUGUGAAGACUGAAGAGCAUGAAGACAAAGCACCUGAGUCCUCACAGCUUCAUCACAGUCCAAACGUCCAGCGGGUGUCAGCGGGGAGUCAUGAAGAGGAGUGGCACACCAGUGUGGGACAGAAGGAGCUACAGGCCCCCUCCCACAUUAAAGAGGAGCAGCUUCAUGAUGAAGAUGAAGCUCAGUCCUUACAGCUUCAUCACAGUCAAAGUGAGGAGAACAGAGGGGCGGAGCUUGUAAGUCAACACAUCACAGAAGCUGAUGGAGAGCAUUGUGAAGAUAUCAAGUCAGAACCAGACAGCAUCUUUGCUCCACUGUCAGACAUGGACCACAUGAUGUCACACUCUUCUGAUCACAGUGACCACAUCCAAAAACCUUUGGAGAGUAAAAAUGACUCUAAAGGUGAUACGAGACAUCACACUAACAACAAACACUUUGACUGCUCUGAAUGUGGGAAAUCAUUUAGACGGAAGAGUCAUUGUACAGUACACAUGAGAAUACAUACUGGAGAGAAACCUUUUACUUGCUCUGUUUGUAAGAAGAGUUUCUCCACAAAGCAAAACAUGACCACACACAUGAGAACACACACUGGAAAGAAACCUUUUGCUUGCUCAGCUUGUGCUAAAAGAUUCAACAUAAAGAAUGACAUGAUAUUACACAUGAGAACACACACAGGUGAGAAACCUUUUACUUGCUCUGUUUGUAAGAAGAGUUUCUCUAGAAAGCAACACAUGACCACACACAUGAGAACACACACUGGAGAGAAACCUUUUUCUUGCUCAGCUUGUGCUAAAAGAUUCAACACUAAGAAUUACAUGAUAUUACACAUGAGAACACACACAGGUGAGAAACCUUUUACUUGCUCUGUUUGUAAGAAGAGUUUCUCCAGAAAGGAACAUAUGACCACACACAUGAGAACACACACUGGAAAGAAACCUUUUGCUUGCUCAGCUUGUGCUAAAAGAUUCAACAUAAAGAAUGACAUGAUAUUACACAUGAGAACACACACAGGUGAGAAACCUUUUACUUGCUCUGUUUGUAAGAAGAGUUUCUCUAGAAAGCAACACAUGACCACACACAUGAGAACACACACUGGAAAGAAACCUUUUGCUUGCUCAGCUUGUGCUAAAAGAUUCAACAUAAAGAAGGACAUGAUAUUACACAUGAGAACACACACAGGUGAGAAACCUUUUACUUGCUCUGUUUGUAAGAAGAGUUUCUCCAGAAAGGAACACAUGACCAUACACAUGAGAACACACACUGGAGAGAAACCUUUUGCUUGCUCAGCUUGUGCUAAAAGAUUCAACACUAAGAAGAACAAUAUAUUACACAUGAGAACACACACUGGAGAGAAACCUUUUGCUUGCUCAGUGUUAGAAUAAUUAUGUAUGUAUUAACACACUAACUUUAGUAUGCUUAAAGUUUGUUGCUUUAGUUAUUAGUUAUUGUGCUCAAGUUAGACUUUUCUAUUUGAGCAAGGACAAAAACUUCUUGUCUGAGGGGUGGCCUCAGCCACAGAUGUUAUCUUUGUUUUAGCCCGCUAACAGCCAAGGACUUCAAGGACCUCAACGGAGAUAAGAUGACAACACGCAGACGAAGCGGAGACAAGGCGAAAUCACAAGGCCCCCACCACAUUCUGUCACGUAUAGUGCGUCCUGGACCUGCUUUGCAUAAUAUAUGUGACCACUCUUUUUAGAGGCGGCCUCAGUGAUGUUGACUGUGGAACUACUGAAUAAAUAGAGGGACGCGGGAGCUGAACCUUAGAGCGUAGGGCGAGACUGUGACUAA